AUGGAGGGAUAUCCUUCUAAUCCACAAACUCCAGACCCUGUCUCAGGGCUUACUCAGGGUAUCGAUACUCUUAACGUGUCAGAGCCCCGCUAUGCUGGCAGACAUAAACGACCUGCUCGUGUUUACCACAAUAUCAAUUCUCAACCCGAAGCUCCAGCUUAUGGUGCUGGAAUCAGGCCAGUAGGCUCGCCUUUCCAGGCUGACCCUAAUGCUGCUGCUUCCAUACUUCCCCAACCCCAACAGCCCGGUUUUCAACAACCCCAAUCAUCGCCAGCAGGUUUCAUUCAACCCCAAUAUUCUCAAUUUGGUCAACCCCAACAGCAGCAGCAGCAGCCUGUUGGAUUUCAGUCAUCUUUUCAACAAGCUUCUCAGCCUGCUGGUUUCCCUACAGGUCCUCAGCCGGGUUCUGGGCUGUCUUCUAGAAAUUUAAAUCAGACUGGUGCUCAGGGCCAGGGGCAAGUUUAUUAUACUGGUGCUGAUGGUAUUCCCAAAAUGAACACCGAAAGAGCAUCUGCUAGUCAAAAACUUCCACCUGAUCAUUUGUUCAAGACUUUUGAAAAUGCCUGCCCUCCUGCGGCUGGUACCGAUUACAAUGUUGCUGAUCAGGGUCUUUCAGGUCCUCAGUAUACUCGACUCACAAUGUAUAAUGUUCCCACCACAGAAGCUCUUAGAUCUAGUCUCAAGCUUCCAUUAGGUCUUAUUCUUCGUCCAUUUGCUCCAUUUUCCAACAAAGAGUAUGAAAAGGGAGGUGUUACGGUUGCCGACUUUAGUCAAGACAUUCCUCCCCCCAGAUGUACACGAUGCAGAACUUACAUGAACCCCUCAAUGAUGUUUGACCAGGGUGGUACCAGCUUUAUUUGCAAUAUGUGUCAAUUUUCUAACCCUGUUUCUGCGGAAUACUUUCAACCUGUCGAUCCUUCAGGAAGACGCAUCGAUUGGCAUCAGCGCCCUGAAUUAGCUUUUGGUACUUAUGAUAUUGCUGUUCCCAAGGAAUACUGGAAAGACCAAAAAGUUGAGCCCAGUCCAUUGAACUAUUUCUUUAUGAUUGAUGUCAGCCAGGAAGCAAUUCAAAAGGGCCUGCAUCUUUCAGCAGUCAAGGCAAUUAAAAAUGCGCUUUAUGGCUCUGGGAUUAAUAUAGGUGAAGAGGCACAGGCUGCUAUUCAACGAUUUUCUGAAAAGGAUGAGGCUGGUAAUCCUAUGCCUUCAUCUUCCGUGCCUUUGAAAUUUCCCAAGGGUGCAAGAAUUGGUAUUGCUACAUUUGACCGAACCGUUCAUUUUUACAACAUCAAUGAAAAUCUAGAGCAACCUCAAGCUUAUUUCAUGAGCGAUCUUGCUGAUCCAUUUGUUCCUAUUGAGAAUGGACUUUUUGUUGACCCCGAAAAGUCUCGUGCUGUUAUCGAGUCUCUGUUUGAUUUAAUUAGUGGUAUGUUUAGCAAUAACUCUCUUACUGAACCAGUUUUUGGUGUUGCUCUUGAAGCUGCUUACCAAGCACUUGAAAAGACUGGUGGUAAAGUUUCUGUUAUUCUUGGCUCUUUGCCAUCAUAUGGGCCCGGUGCUAUUGCAGUCAGAAGUGUUGGUGCCGAAUAUCAAGGAGAAAGAGAAAAGGAACUUUUCAUUCCCGACAAUAAAUACCACAAGGAAAUGGGCAAGAAGUUUGCUCUUGCUGGCAUUGGCCUUGAUUUGUUCAUUUUCCCUACGGCUUUGAUUGAGCUGUCUAAUGUUGGUAUUGUCAGUCAAUUGUCUGGUGGACAUGAGUAUUACUAUCCGCGUUACGUCAUUGAGCGCGAUGAAAACCAGUUUGUUUCAGAAUUUACGCGGAGCGUUCAGAAUGAAAUUGGUACGCAAGUCAGCUUAAAAAUUAGAUGUUCAACUGGUUUGCAAGUUUCAGCAUACUUUGGCAACUUUUUCCAUGAGGACUGGGACCAAGACCCUACCAUGGGUACUGUUGACUCUAGGUCGACAUUUGGAGCCAUGUUCAAAUAUGAUGGCAAGCUUGAUCCCAAACUUGAUGUCCACUUUCAAAGUGCUUUACUCUACACAUCAAGCGACGGUCAAAAACGUGUGAGAAUUAAUAACGUGAUUGCCAGUGUGACCUCAGAUUACAAUGCUGCAGUUAACUUUAUCGAUGCUGAUGCAUGCAUGGGCAUCAUGGCUCGUGAAAAUCUUUCGCGUAUGGGCGAGUUUACACUUAAGGAACUGAGAAUGAGACUCAACGACCGCUUGAUUGACAUUUUCUCGGCAUACCGACAAAAGGUUGCUUCAAAUCUGCCUGCAUCGCAGCUUCUCAUGCCUAUGUCGAUGCGGACCAUAAUACCAUAUAUUUUGAGUUUACAAAAGUCACGACCGUUCCGAGACCAGAAGUUGACCCCAGAUUUGCGUGUUCAUGCCGCACGGAUUAUGAACGACAUGUCUGUAGACGAGCUUUCUGUGUUUUUGUACCCACGAAUAAUGGGGUUGCAUAACUUGCAAGAAAAUGAUUCCACUUAUGCUGAAGAUGGCCAGUUUAUUUAUCCUACAAAUGUUUCCAAUACGACUGAAAAUAUCGAUGCAGGUGGAGUUUAUGUUGUUUUCAAUGGUGUGAGCGUUUUGCUUUGGAUCCACAGACAAGUUUCACCUGCGCUGCUCACCGACUUGUUUGGCGAGGAGGUUACAUCGCUUGAAACAUUGAAUCCAAGUCUCAACACUCUGCCAGAGAUUGACACCGAUGUGUCUAUCAAGGCACGGAGGUUGAUCAAAUACUUGGCGAACCGGUCUGGGCUUGAGUUUUUGGGUAUUCAAAUUGCUCGCCAGGGCCACGAUGGUAGUGAUUAUGAGCUUCCAUUUUCUCUUGUUGAAGAUCCUGGCACGGAAACUUAUAGAUACCGUGACUAUGUUGCCUUUAUUCAUGGCCGGGUCAAGUCCAAGUUGGAGAACAACAAUGAGAAGUCUACUAUGAGCUACUUGUCUGGUCAUUUCCCAUUUUCUAGCGGAAUUUAA